AUAAAUCUCAGUUCGUGCGUUAGGGCAGGGCCAGCUUUGGUGCUGAUCCCUUCCUGGGAGCCACGGCAUCAAUCCCCCGCCCUGCGGAUGGGGGCCGGGGACAGAAGGGACGAGACACGGCCGGGGAAUCCCGAGGGAAGGGCUGGGGAGAGCCGGGCAGAGCCAGCGAGUGUCAGGGACUCCUGUGUGCCGAGAAACAACUUCUCCAAGCUGACAUCCCUCCCUCUCCCUACGCGCCUCACACAAGGCAGAUGUCGCGGUGGAGCUGAAGUGUUCUGGUUUUGCUGUCAGGAUGCCAAGGGCCUGUAAAAUGUUGUCUGGUUUCCUGCCUCGCAAAAAACUAUGGGGAGGUUUGAACAACAAAACUGAUGGAGCACAAAGGCAGAAACAUGCAGUACCUUGGGAUAUUGUGUAAGGGAAAUUGCAACCACACAGCCAAAACUGGAGCAGAGUGAAAGAAGCAGAGCACUGGGAACAUGGCCCUGCAAGAGAGAGGAACCAGCAGCAGCUCCAUCAAUGAUAAGCAAGAACAGAACUAUAAUCGUAUUAUUACAAUUGUCUUCCUGGCACUCUUCAUCGACUUGUUGGGAUUUGCUCUCAUCUUGCCACUGUUUCCUUCCAUCCUUGAUUAUUACAGCCAGACUGAGGAUGGAUUCUAUUUGUCAUUGCAACGUGGUGUAGACUGGUUUGCAGCGAUGGCUGGGAUACCUCCAGAGAGGAAAUACAACAGUGUCUUGUUUGGAGGUCUGAUUGGCUCAAUCUUCUCCAUCCUGCAGUUUUUCUCCUCUCCCCUCACUGGUGCUGUGUCAGACCACUGGGGCAGAAGGCCUGUCAUCUUGAUGACAGUGAUGGGUUUGAUAGCAUCAUACUCACUAUGGGCUGCCUCUCGGACUUUUGGCGUUUUUCUUCUCUCCAGGAUCAUAGGUGGAAUAAGCAAAGGGAAUGUCAGCCUCUCCACAGCUAUAAUUGCUGACUUGCACUCCCCAAAAGCACGGAGCAAGGGCAUGGCCAUGAUUGGUGUUGCUUUCUCCCUGGGCUUUACCCUGGGCCCCAUGAUGGGUGCUUACCUCGCCAUGCAGACAGAGAAAGGAGAAGUCUUCUACCUUCGUUCAGCAUUGUCAGCACUUGUGUUUUCUGUGGCUGAUUUAAUUUUCAUCUUCCUCCUUCUUCCAGAGACACUUCCCAAGGAAAAACGGGUCUCUUCUGUGACAUCUGGGCUUCAGGCAGCAGUUGACUUGCUCAGUCCUUUGGCUUUAUUUCAGUUCUCUGCAGUCACCCGAGGAAAGGAAUCCCCUUCAGAGCAGAAUCUUCAGAAUCUCAAAAUUUUGGGCCUGGCUUACUUCCUGUACCUGUUUCUGUUUUCCGGCUUGGAGUAUACACUGAGUUUUCUCACUCACCAGAGAUUCCACUUCAGCAGCAUGCAGCAGGGCAAGAUGUUUUUCUUUAUUGGAAUAACAAUGGCUGUGAUCCAGGGAGGCUAUGCUCGCCGAAUCAAGCCAGGAAAUGAAAUCAGAGCUGUAAAAAGGGCUAUUAUGUUGCUGAUUCCAGCGUUCCUGUUAAUUGGAUGGGCUGCAAAUAUGACCAUGCUGAGUGCUGGACUGUUGCUGUACUCCUUCGCUGCAGCCAUUGUUAUCCCAUGUUUGUCAGCAGUGGUGUCAGGCUAUGGCACUGCUGGCCAGAAGGGACGAGUCAUGGGCAUCCUGAGGAGCCUGGGUGCCCUAGCCAGAGCCCUGGGACCCAUCCUGGCAGCUGCAGUUUACUGGCUGGCCGGGGCAGAGAUUUGCUUCACUGUCUGUGGAGCUUUCUUCCUUGUCCCCCUGGCUUUACUCAGGUUGAUAAAACAGCAGACAAAGGAGGAGUAGAAAGGAACCACAAAACUACCACUAGCUUCCAAGGACCUCUGCAAGACCUGACUCUUGGCACCUGACUCUGCUGAGCAAACAGGAAAAGGAGGAUUUUGAUCUUCUGGAAGGAUAUACACGAUGCCCAUUUGCAGCAACACCACACAGCAGUUAUGUUUAAGGUGGCCUCCCAGCCAGCUGGGUUAGCUUUGCAAAUAGAAAAACACCAAACAAAUGAAGACAGACACACACACACCCCAAGGAGUUGAGCAAGGCAUUAAGAGCAGCAGAGAAGCAGAGACAGCACACCAGCAGCAGGCCUGGAGCCUCCCCACUCACCAGGUGUUGUUGCACACAGGGCUCUGCUCCUUGCCCCGAGCCACUGCAGGGGCUGGGCUGGCACAGAACAAACCCUCAGCACCACUCUGAUGGGGUUUUUGUACAACUGGUACAAGAGAUCUGCAAAUGCUGCAUCCACACCUGCAAACGUGAUGGUCAAACAAAAGCAGAAGCACACUACAGGCUCCCUGGGACCCCACUGGUACUUUCACAGAGGUGGACUGUUUUUAAUAUACAAUUACAUUUGGAGAGAUGUUUUAUAUUUCUAAUACUGUGUGAUGUUUUUGAUGACCAUGCCCUGUUCUUUUUGCAUUACAAUAAACGGUUACAUUGCACA